AGGCCAUAUGAUUGAUUCCCUUGCUAUUAUUAGAAGAAAAACGAAGGCAACGAGCUAGCGAGAAUGGCAUCCUCAAUGAUCUCCUCGGCAGCUGUUGCCACCACCACCAGGGCCAGCCCUGCUCAAGCUAGCAUGGUUGCACCCUUCAACGGCCUCAAAGCCGCUUCUUCAUUCCCCAUUUCCAAGAAGUCCGUCGACAUUACUUCCCUUGCCACCAACGGUGGAAGAGUCCAGUGCAUGCAGGUGUGGCCACCAAGGGGACUGAAGAAGUACGAGACUUUGUCAUAUCUUCCAGAUCUCACCGACGAGCAAUUGCUCAAGGAAAUUGAUUACCUUAUCCGCAGUGGAUGGGUUCCUUGCUUGGAAUUCGAGUUGGAGAAAGGAUUUGUGUACCGUGAAUACCACAGGUCACCGGGAUACUAUGACGGACGCUACUGGACCAUGUGGAAGCUGCCUAUGUACGGCUGCACGGACGCAACUCAGGUGCUGAACGAGGUUGGGGAAUGCCUGAAGGAAUACCCAAAUUGCUGGGUCAGGAUCAUCGGAUUCGACAACGUCCGUCAGGUGCAGUGCAUCAGUUUCAUUGCCGCCAAGCCAAAGGGUUUCUAAGCCCCUUCUUCACAAAUUUGGCCCCGGCCCCGGCCCCGGCCCCUCAAAUUUGAGGCUGCGAUUCUUGGCAGUUGACAGUUAGUUGUCAAUAAAAUUGAGAACUGGGGCUGUACUUUUAGCUGUUUUUCAUUUUUAUUUGCCUUUUCCGUGGUGGUCUGGUUUUGCUUCUAUUCUUCUCCUUUCUUUUUUUCCGCUUUGACAUUCGGUUUCGGUAUAUGUUUCCGGAUUUCCAAAGAUAUGUAUGAGACUUUAAUAAUGAAAGCCGCUUUAUAUUCAUCUGCUA